GUGGGUGUGCUCCGAUACUGCGAGAGUUUUGAUGACACACUGAACUCAGCAACGCCAGAUUCCUCACACCGGGACAAGAGCCAUGGGGAAGACAGGUGGGAGAGCCGACUUUGAGUGGGUCUACACCGACCAGCCGCACACCGCCCGCAGGAAGGAAAUCCUGGCCAAAUAUCCAGAAAUAAAGACCCUGAUGGGUCCGGACCCCCAGCUGAAGUGGGUUGUGUCCGGCUUGGUCCUGACCCAACUCGUCGCCUGCUACCUGGUGCACGACCUCCCCUGGAAGUGGGUCUUCUUCUGGGCCUACGGCUUCGGCGGGUGCAUCAACCACUCGCUGACUCUGGCCAUUCACGACAUUUCUCACAACGUGGCCUUCGGGAACAAGCUUGCGAAGUGGAACCGCUGGUUCGCCAUGUGGGCCAACCUGCCCAUCGGGCUUCCCUACUCCGCCUCCUUCAAGAAGUACCACAUCGACCACCACCGGUACCUGGGCGGCGACCAGCUGGAUGUGGACAUCCCAACAGAGUGGGAGGGAUGGUUCUUCUGCACGCCGGCUAGGAAGGUCCUCUGGCUCUUUCUGCAGCCGUUUUUCUACGCCUUGAGGCCGUUGGUGGUCAACCCCAAACCGGUGGGUCCGAUGGAGAUCCAGAACACAGUGGUUCAGGUCCUAGCAGACGCAGUCAUCUUCUACUUCUGGGGGCUAAAGCCGAUUGUUUACCUCAUUGCUGGAUCCAUUUUGUGCCUGGGGAUCCAUCCGUUCUCUGGACACUUCAUAGCAGAGCAUUACAUGUUUCUGAAGGGACACGAGACGUAUUCGUACUACGGGCCGCUGAACUGCCUCACCUUCAAUGUUGGAUACCACAUGGAGCACCAUGACUUCCCCAGCAUACCUGGCAGUAAACUACCUCAGGUGAAAAAGAUCGCAGCAGAGUAUUACGACUCGCUGCCGCAGCACACUUCCUGGUUCCAGGUGCUGUGGGACUUUGUGUUCGACGAAAACAUCGGCCCUUACGCCAGAGUCAAACGGGAGUACAAGCUUAACAAGCUGGAAUAGAUUUCUAGUGAUAUUUGUACAGAAAACUUAAAUAAAGCUGGUAUACUUACACUGCAAAAACACAAAAUCUUAUAGAGCAUUUUAGUCUAGUUUUUAGUGCAAAUGUCUCAGUGCACU